UUGGUGACUGUAGAUGACGCCUUGUAAGUGUCUCCAGUCCUCCUGCAAGGCACGGAUUAACCAUAGCGCACACAAGAGAUGUUCACCGAAACAUCUCCUCCGAGCUCAGUUUGGCUAUGAAGAACUGGUCGAACGAAUCAAAACGAGCACUAUUGACCGCAAUGAUAGCCUCGAAGGGGAAAGAUGGGCCGGAACUCUGGCAGAGUUUUGUCAAGCAGAAACAACAGUCCGUUGACCUGGAAGCACGGCCAAUGACGCCACCUAUCCUAGCUUCGACGACUAGAUCGGCGUUCAGUAUGACCUCGUUUGAGGCCAUCACGACAGGUUUUCCGACCAUCUCGACGUUGCCAAAAGAGGGACUGAUUCCGCUAGCCCUCUCCGACGACGCUGGUCGUUCAGAUUUCGGUCUAAGCAUGACCAGUAUCCACAUCGACGCAUCGAUUCCGCCCGCCGUGACAACGCCCAUUGAGGGAGUGCACAGUCAAUACGUCCUUGAGCCCGGUGAUCAUGUUCGCUUGAACGUCAAUACGAAUCCCUGGCGCACGACUCGUAUGGUCGAGACCGAGAAAGCUCUGAAUACAGAAAUGCACAUAAUGGCCUUGAGUCAGAUUGAAGCCUCAGAAGCGGACAUACGCGCAGGUGAAUUGGUCAAACGAGAACUUGGAACAAGCGGGAUACGGGGUCGUUCUUCCCCCAGCGCAUGGAGGCAAGAUCUUGAGAACGGAGAUUCAUCGACCGUCGUCACAUCGAAGUUACGCGCAGCUGGCCCGCCAAGGAUGCAGCUUACCCGGGGAAACAUUGCCUCGAAUCGACCACAGGAGCGCGUCGCACUAAACCAAGACUCUUCGCGAAGCAUCGCAGCCAGCUGCCGGUCGCCUAUAGCUCCGUCCAAGCCUCGUGACACAGCCGCGACACAAAACCGUCAAGGGCCCUCUUGGACCACGCAGGUAGCUCCGUCGCAGCCUGUCGAGCCAAUAGAGGAACAGCCCGCUAAACGUCGCAGAAUCCUGCAUGUCAAGGAGACCUCACAAGCAAUAAAUACUGGGACGAGUAAUCUCGCAGCCUCGACCGAGCAGCCACCCCCCGUAGGUACCACGGCCGGAAAAUCAAUCUCUGCACAGAGUCACCGCCUGAGCGACCAAACGGGUCUCGGAAGCCUGAGUCCGCAUUCGACCCAACAUCCCGGAAGAUCUCUGCCAAACACAGUCAGAGACCUAUUCGACGCCGAACCCAGUCUGAAGACGACGCAUGCGAUUGGUCCUCCUAAGUUACGCUUGCCUCGUAUCGAUCUUUCGACGCUGAUGACAUCUGCUCAAUGCACGCCUAUCGAAGGAGAGACGACGAUCAACGAGAUCAAAGGCAUUCUCGUCGCUGGGGACUGGAUUUCAGAGCUGCUAAAUCCUGCGCUUGCUGACUUCAACAAACCCGACUCACCGGUUGUGACUCCGGUCGGCUGUCAGCGAGACCCGAUUGAGGUAGAAGGUGAUCCGAAGGUUGUCGUCAACUGCAACAUGGACGAUGUGAUCGCAAUCGAUGAUGGCUUUGAAUCCGAAACUGAACACAUGGAUCUUAUUGAAGAAGCUAUAUCUGGAUCACCUAUCAAAACCUCGGAAAUGAAGGUCCCGACAUACAUGCCAGUAGCCAGCGCAAGCGGAUCGAAGAUUAUGGCGGAAUGGAACAUCCCACUUGCAGUAUCCUCAAAUACCGAGAUCGUCAAGAAGGCCAGAAGUAGUCGAGUCGUGCUUCAAGAUGGUGGCUCAUUGGAGGAUAUUGUCAAAUCUCGAUUGUCAGCGAUGGCCCAACAAGACACAGAAGACGAUGAUGCUGUGAUCGAGGACAAGAUCAAGAACAUGCUCAAGAGUGGAGGAAGCGACAUCAAAGAGCGAAAGCUGGACCCAAUUGGCCUCGGAAGAACAAAGUCGCGACCAGCGCCUUCUGUCCUCGCACCGAUGCCUGCUGUGAAGCGAGUUCCUGUCAAAAAGAGCAAUUGGCGUGAGAACAAGCAUCUUCGAAACCCUGCUUGGUAUGACAAGAUGGUCAAAACGAGACAGGCUACUAGUCAGCCCACGGUGACAGCACUGGCAUCUCUUGAUCUGCUUCAAGAUCGACCCCUGACGUCUCAGCUCGAGAAAGCCGGGUUCCGACUGAUGGACUCUGAUCUGCCGUAUCAUGGUGCAGAUCUCAUUUUGUCAGCCAAGACGUCUGUGAUCUUUCGGCCUAUUCAAGUCAUCUCUGACAAGUUUGAGAUGCUCGUGAAGGCUAUUGAUUCCGCCUGUGAUUAUUUCGACCGAGUCUUGCUGGUUUUUGACGUGCUUCGAAACAGGAGAUUCAGUCCUGGUGUUGACGGCGAAGGGGCGGAUCCUCUCACACCAGCUUUGAUCGAAAAGCUGCCCAAUGUUCGCGAAACUCUCCAAUCAAGAACCAUGAAGCCAAGCGAUCACAAGUCCAAGGGCAGAGUGGAAGUGAUCGUGGCAACGAAUGGCUCUGCAGAAGUAGCGAAUGCCCUGCUUACCCUCUUGAACGCCGAGGUAGCUGAAUUGGGCAGGAGGAUUGGAAGUGCAGAUGCAAUGGAGCUCGGGGAAAACAGAGACUGGCUCGACUCAAAUGAGGAAGAGCAGAUACAAUGGCUUGCGCAAAGGCUUCACUUCAACUCUUUCAGUGCUGCCUAUGUGAUUCACAAGUGUGGCAGUGUGCAGGCCUUUCUGCUUGAAUACACGGAAGAAGAGCGGAUGGCGCUUUAUGGUGCUGUCAUAGGAGAAGACAGAAUGUCAUGGAUAAACAGGUCUUUGAGGACGCAGAACUCUGCCCCAGUCGCAGGGCAUAUGUCUUCCGAUCCCUUGAACUUGCGGCCCCCAUCCUCUUUGUAGGAAGACGAUGAUUCUGCUUGAACAUGUAGAUGCGCUUCACUUUGUAUAAAUCUGUUCGAUGAGAGACACAGCAUGCAGCAUGAGGGGUAU